CUGCUCUUGACUUAUUCUUGACUGGGUGAGGACGUGGCCACGGCAGGUUCCGGGUUGAUUAACGGCGCUUUGUUAGUCAGGGUGAGGUGUUGAGAUGGGUGACCCCCACCUUGCUUUCCACCCAACAACAUAACUAAUCCCUCGAGGAUUUCCAUCGCCCAACCCGGGCAUUGCACCUUUCUUUCCUCUUGGCUGGGGUUUAACAACUCCUCGUCCUCUCCUCCUCCUGCCAGACGUGGCAGGGCCGGAGCGGGGAGCAGCUCGGUGACGGGGUGGCAAAGCCAAAGGCAGCGCUGAGCCGGGCUUAGAGCAGGAUUCAUCCUCGGGGAGCAUCCCGGGUACCCUAAAACUGCUCCCACCCGGAGCGAGAGGUUUUGGAGGAAGAAAAAAGUCGUCCCGCUUCCCCAGCCGGUGUUCGGGCAGGCGUUAAAUUCGCGGCUCCCCCCUUUCCCCCGGCCGGGAUGGUUGAAUCGAAGGCGUUGAAGGUUCCCCAAGUAUGCGAUGCCGUUUGGCUUCGAUCCCGCUCGGCUGCUCCAGCCCUUCCUGCCUGGCUCGGUGGCGGUGGUGGCACAUCUGGCGUCAGACCUGCGGUGGCUGGUGGACCUGCGGUGGCUCAUCGCCACGGGCAUCGAUUUUGGGGUUUAUGUGUUGAAAACCCACUGGGGGCUUGCUUUUUCCUCUUUCAUUUUUUUUUUUUUCCUUUGGAAUUUCGGGGUUUAACCUGCACGGCUGAGGGUCCUCGGGAACUGCGGCCGCUUGCCCGGCUUUUAUAAACCCUGUGUAAAUCCAGCCUUUGGCAGCUGCGGGGCAGAGAAAUGUGAACUGAAAUGGAAAUAAAUCCCCUGGGGAGCCCUCGCACCCGCCCGCCUGCAGGUGUGGAUGGGGCAAGUUGGGGGUGAUGCCUCUGGGACAGGACUUUUGGGGGUGGCUCCGAUGGGUUUUGACCUUUCCCUCAUUUUCCCGCUGCAGGUGACCGGCGGCAGCCGCGAUGAGAGCUCCCGCCCUCGCCUGAUGCCUCUUCUGCUGAUAAAAAUGAUCAACAAGUCUCGAGGGAAGAUACUCGGGGUGCUGGCGCUGUUUCUGGUGAUGGUUUGGUACUCGAUCUACCGGGAAGACAGGUACAUACAGCUCUUUUAUUUCCCCGUGCAAGAAAACAAGACGAUGUGUCCCCUCGGGGAGGUGGAAAAGAAAGCGGCGCAGCUCAUCGGGAACUACUCGAGGGACCAGCCGCUCUUCCUGCAGCUGAAGGACUAUUUUUGGGAGAAGACGCCGUCGCUCUACGAGCUGCCCUACGGCACGAAAGGAAGCGAAGACGUCCUCCUGCGCUUGCUGUCGAUCACCCACUAUUCCCUGCCCGAGAACAUCCAGAGCCUGAAGUGCCGGAGGUGCGCGGUGGUGGGCAACGGCCACCGGCUCCGCAACAGCUCCAUGGGGGAGACCAUCGACACGUAUGACGUUGUCAUCAGGUUGAACAACGCCCCGGUCCACGGUUAUGAGCAGGACGUGGGCUCCAAGACCACCAUGCGCCUCUUCUACCCGGAGUCGGCCCACUUCAACCCCAGGACGGAGAACAACCCCGACACGUUGCUGGUGCUGGUGCCCUUCAAGCCCAUGGACUUCCAGUGGAUGGAGGCCAUCCUCAAUGACAAGAAGAGGGUUCGGAAAGGGUUUUGGAAACAGCCCCCAUUGAUCUGGGACGCCGACCCCGAGCGAGUGCGCAUCCUCAACCCUUAUUACAUGGAAGUAACUGCCGCUAAACUGCUCAACCUUCCCAUGAAGCAACCACGGAAGAUCAAACAGAAGCCCACCACGGGGUUGUUGGCCAUCACCUUGGCGCUACACUUCUGUGACCUGGUGCACAUCGCGGGCUUCGGCUACCCCAAUUCGGCCAACAAGAAGCAGACCAUUCACUACUACGAGCAGAUCACGCUCAAGUCCAUGGCGGCGUCGGAGCACAACGUCUCUCACGAGGCGGUGGCCAUCAAGCGGAUGCUGGAGCUGGGUCUCGUCAAGAACCUCACCUACUUCUGAGGGCACCGGGGCUGCGCAGGGAGAGCGUCCCCCGCCCUAGAGGGGGGACACCGCGCAGGCUCGGCCCCAGCCGGGCGAGGGCAGAGCGUCCUCGUCGCCGCCUGGCCCCGGGACUCUUGGAGCGAGCGGGGCUGGGGCUGGGGGGGCCGCGCUGGACCGCGGGUCCCCUGGGGACUGGGGGGCGCAGGGAGCCCCACGGGGCCGUGGCCGGGCAGCGCGGCCCCCGCCUUUUCCUACCGACGCACUGAAGCUACCGAGGACCUGGAGGGGCCUUUUGGGGUGGGGGGUCCUCCCUCCCAGCGGGCCUGGGGGGUGCAAGGUGGGGGCAGGAGCCCUCACCCUGGGUUUUCUCUUCCCAUUAAUUCCCUCUUAUUCGGACGAGGGCCCCAUCCGAGGGGCUGAUCUGGGGGUUCCCGGGACCCCCCCCAGGGAGCAGGAGCCUUUGGGGGCCCAUGUCACCUCCUCCUUGCCCUGGUUCCCCCACAAUAUUUAAUUUUGCCCCCCCCUUUUUUUUUUUUACUUUCUUUUUAUGCAGCAGCCCUCUCCCGUGCCUUAGCGCUGGCGUUGGGGGCUUGUCCCCCCCGUCCCCCGCCUCCGAGCCGGGGGGACACCCCGGGGUGCUUGGCCUCAGGGCCCUUCGUGGGGGGGGUGGUGGUGGUGGUGGUGGUGGUGUGGUUUAAUUUAAUUAAUUUAAAUGCUUAUUUAUGGUGGAGCCUUCCCUGGAGCCCGCGUGCCGCCAGUGUUGGGGACGAGUGGCCUCGGGUGGGGGGGGCCGGUGGGGUGCUGGGCUGCAGGGGGAUGGGGGUUUGUGGGUGUCCCCCCCCACCGAGGAGGGGUGAGCGGCGCCGUCUCCCCCCCGGCACAGGGUCCCCUGUGGGGCUGGGGGUGCCCCUGGGACCCGUGGAUGGGGUGGGGGGGGGUCCUGCUGGCACCCAAUAAAGGUCCUGGUGAGGCUGAGCUGGCUGGGUGCUGCCACCCCUCUGUGUCCCCGCGCCCCCAUGUCCCCACAUGGAGCUGGUGCCCCUGUCCCCAGGUGUCCCUACUCCCCUGCGUCCUCAGCCCAUGUCCCUGUGCCCACGUGUCCCCAUGUCCCCGCAGAUGGCCCUUACCUGCUGUGUCCCCGGCGUGACGCCCCAUCUCCUGGCUCCUGCGGUGGGGGUUGCGGGCCCCCAGCUGCCCCGUGCCUCAGUUUCCCUCUGCCACCGGGCACCCGCUGCCCCCACAUCCCCAAGGUGGGGACUCUUCCCCUCACAGCCUGCCCACCCCGGGGACCCCCUGGAGCUCCAGGCCACGGUCCGCGCCGGGGCAAAGUGUCACCGGGAGAGCCGGCGUCCUGGCGGGACGGCCACCAGCCCAGGCGUGCCAC